UAGUUGUUCAACUAUAAGCCUUGUGUGCAUGCUUUUGUUGCGUGUAACGUGCAGGACUCUCAGUAAAUAACGGACGCUGUGGAGUGGUGAGUACUGGCAUAACUUAGAACCACCAAUACAAGCAAGCGUCGUUAUAUCACUGUUGCUGUUGCUAUACUUUUGUCGGGUUGAGUGCAUGCUGUAUAUCGAACAAUAUCCAUCUAAUCUAAGAGUAAGCAAGGACGAGAGAUCAGGUUCUCCUUCAUUUGUAUAUUUAUAUUACAUAUCUAUACAUUGACGUAGACUGCGGCAAAAGAACACCUUCUAAGGCGGGUUGACUAUAUAGAGACUGCUUAUAUAGUUUCUUUGAAUAGCCAUCAAUAUGAGUUCAGCCGUCGCUGCUUCUGACGGACACAACAACGUGUACGAUCGAAGCACUAAAACUAAUAGGGAGAAUGUAGAUACUGAAUCGUCCGAGAUUAUUGGGAAUGACAAGCACCGAUAUAGGAAGGGCAAGUUCUUGGGCAAAGGUGGAUUUGCACGUGUGUAUGAGAUCACGGACGUUGAGACGGGUAGGGUGUUAGCGUGUAAGGAGAUAAGAAAAGCAUCUGUUGCGGAGCCACGCACGUGGGCUAAGGUGGUCUCUGAGAUCAAUAUCCACAAGAAACUGCGCCAUACGAACAUUGUGCAGUAUGAACACUUCUUCGAGGAUAACGAAUGCGUAUAUAUUGUACUCGAACUCUGUUCAAACAAAACUCUUUUGGAGCUGCUGAAGACCCGCAAACGCCUGCAGGAUUUUGAGGUCAAGUACUAUAUGCUGCAGAUGCUAGCUGCGUUACAGUAUCUACAAGCGAAGAAUAUCAUCCACCGUGACCUUAAGCUGGGUAAUCUCUUUCUCUCGGGUGACAUGAAGAUCAAAAUCGGCGAUUUCGGAUUGGCUGCGAAAUGUGAUGACGGCGAGCGGCGGCAGACGCUCUGUGGCACCCCCAAUUACAUCGCGCCUGAGAUACUGGACAAACGCGGACACGGCUACGAAGUGGAUACUUGGUCCAUGGGGGUGAUCCUAUACACGCUGCUGGUGGGCUACCCCCCCUUCGAGUCGAGCAACGUCAAGAAAACCUGCAAGCUCAUCAAGUCAAAUAGCUAUUCCAUCCCAUCGGAAAUGAAUCUCUCUGAGUCCGCCACAGAUUUGAUCACGAGCAUUCUAAACUCAGACCCUGAGCAACGGCCAACGUUGGAGGCUAUUCUCGUACACCCUUUCUUCAUCACCGGCCCAACAACCGACACCCUCCCCAUAUCGGCACUGACUGUAGCGCCAAAGUACACAUCACUCAGAACCCCUGGCAGCGAACGAAACAACAACAGCAGUGUGUUACAACAACGGACGGUCAAUCGCAAUGUGGUGGACGUGCGCACAGACGAGCAGAAGGCCGCGGCUGUGAAAGGGAUCGAGUCACGCUCAGUGCGCAACUCGAAACCUGUCAGGAUACACAACGCCAAGAUGGUCUCAGAGCACACCCAAUCGACCGCAUAUCAGAAAGGGCUGCGACAGACAAGUAGGGCCAGUACGGGCAGAACCAAUGAGGAGAAUGAAUACGGUACACACAUAGAGAUAGUGCCACCGAAGUCUGAUGUGACUGCAGCCCAACAGACGUCACAUUUAUUGCACCACACACGAGCAACACGCAUCGAAUCCCCUGCAAGGCACAGUGCACACAGCAGAACAUUGAGUGCGCCUGCGUCUCUGAAUAGCUUAGCUGCAUCUCUCAGUGGUCUUCACUUGGCAGCGGGCGAUAAGACGGACGAAAAGAGACGUCUGAGCCAAAUCAAACCCUUAGAGCCUCUGAGCAAACCACCCCCUCUGUUGUGGGUUGCCUGUUGGUUAGACUACACCGCUAAGUACGGCGUCAGCUAUGAACUCAGCGACUGUACUGUGGGCGCCAUCUUCAACGACAACAGUCGGAUCGUCCUGGCAGCGGACUCUGACCAGGUAGAAUACAUCCUGAACGGCGACAAGACCCAGGAAUCGCUAACAUCGCCCCCAGACGCGCUGAAAAAGAAAGUGGCUUUGCUGGAACAUUUCAAACGCACAAUGUACAAGAACUUGCGGAAGUGCGGCGAGGACGUUCACAACGUCGAUGACAGCAACGCACACAGAUCACACAGCUAUGUGCAUGUGAGUCAUUGGCUCAGGACUGAGAGGGCUAUGAUGUUUCAGCUUAGCAAUGGCUCCAUCCAGGUCAAUUUCUUCGACCACAACAAGGUGCUAGUCUCGGGGUCGACUGGGGCAGUCCUCUUCAUCAAUACAGAGGGCGAGUCUAACAUAUAUCGAUACGCCGAUUUGACGGUAUCCAACCAUCCGGAUCUAGCCUACCGCCUCAAGUACGUCCGGAAAAUUGUGGACUAUCUUUGCGCCGGAGAGAAUAAUAAUCAUUCCAAGCAACCUUCCGAGUCACAGUCACACGGACAGAGAUGACAGCGCUAAUAAUAAUCCAGCUGCAAACGUGAGCGCGAUAUAAGUCCAUUUCUACCUUGGUAUAUGCUCGUCCGUAUUGUUUUAACGAUUCCGAUGUGCGGAGGUAUUGGACCGGUUUAGAACUAGCUGUCGAGAUGUGCGAUCACUAGUGUAUGUACAACGGGAGUCAGGCAAGUCUAGCUGCUCAGCGGUAUCAUAAUGGCUGUGGCCGCAUGUAUUGUGGCGGGUUUAGAUUGGCUCUGUAUCCACCAUACCACCAUAGCCAGCUGCGUGAAGUAAGACAUAGUAUACAUAGCACAUCGAUAAUACACUUAACUAAUUCAAAUAAAUUAAUGCAACCGU